CUUGAGUUUGUGAAUCUUAUCCAAUUGAUAAAUUUGUUUGAUAGGUAUCUAAUAAUGGAGGGAGACACAAUCUCUGGGAUGAUGGGAAAUGGAGCUGAGAUGGAUGGGAAGAUUCUUCAAACGUUUCAGAAAAGUUUUGUUCAAGUGCAAAACAUAUUGGACCACAACCGAUUGCUUAUAAACGAGAUAAACCAAAACCAUGAGUCCAAAAUCCCAGGCAACCUAGGACGAAACGUCAGUCUGAUCCGAGAAUUGAACAAUAACGUGAGAAAGGUUGCACAUCUUUAUGUUGAUCUUUCCAACAACUUCUCCAAAUCCAUGGAAGCUUCUUCCGAAGGAGACUCAGCAGGUGGCCUGAGGAGAAUCAGGCCUGCUUGAAGUUGAAUGAGUUUAGUUUGAUGUGGCUUUAAAUAAAAAGAAAAGUUAUCGUAAACAAAAAAAAGUCAUAGUCUGGGGGAUCAUAGACUAGUAGAGAGCAUAUUUUGCUACUAUCUCUUAAGUAUUUUAUGUACUAUCUGAAUUUUUCUUUCGUUUACUUUUGUUGUCAACUGUCAACAGUUUAUUCCUUAUCUCCUUUUUA